AUGUUAGGUGUUCAGUCUUUCUCUUCUAUGGUCUUUUCUAGGUAUCGGGGACUCAUCCUUGUGUUGACGUUUCUGUGCUAUACCACCUUCCAUCUUUCACGGAAACCCAUUAGUAUUGUAAAGAGCGAACUACAUUACAAUUGUUCCUCCCGUGGAGCCAAUCCAAACAAUGAGUCCAAUAGCACAACGUGGUGUGACUGGAAGCCUUUUGACCAAGAUAACUAUAAGGAACUGUUUGGCGCACUGGAUAAUGCUUUCCUGGUUGCCUAUGCCAUAGGCAUGUAUAUCAGUGGCAUUUUCGGCGAGCGGCUCCCAUUGCGAUACUACCUCUCUGGAGGCAUGUUGCUGAGCGGCCUGUUCACGUGCUUAUUUGGCUUGGGCUACUACUGGAAUAUCCACCAGCUUUGGUACUUUGUCCUCGUACAGAUCUUCAAUGGCUUGGUGCAGACAACUGGUUGGCCAUCCGUGGUUACAUGUGUCGGCAACUGGUUUGGAAAGGGGAAGCGGGGUUUCAUCAUGGGCAUCUGGAACUCACACACAUCUGUCGGAAACAUCUUGGGGUCCUUGAUUGCUGGCGCAUGGGUCUCCAGCACAUGGGGUUUGUCUUUCAUCGUGCCCGGGAUCAUCAUAGCUACCAUGGGCGUCAUCUGCUUCUUGUUCCUCAUUGAAUAUCCAGAAGAUGUUGACUGUAGUCCGCCUCUUCAUCAUGUUUCCAAUCCAGACGAGAAAGGCCUGGAGGCAGGAAAUUCCAUCAGUGAUGGGAGCCUCAACGUUUCCACCCACAGCAGGGAAAACAUCAUAGAUGUCUCAGAAACUGGCAAAGAAGCACCAGAGGAUCGGGAAGCCAUCAGUUUCAUAGGUGCUCUCCGAAUACCGGGCGUGGUGGAGUUCUCCUUGUGCCUCUUGUUUGCCAAACUGGUCAGCUAUACUUUCCUCUACUGGCUGCCCCUCUACAUCGUGAAUGUGGCUCAUUUAUCUGCAAAAGAAGCUGGAGAUAUGUCCACCCUCUUCGAUGUCGGUGGCAUAGUUGGAGGCAUCCUGGCUGGUCUCAUCUCUGACUACACAGGUGGCCGGGCCACCACAUGCUGUACGAUGCUGGUUUUGGCUGCUCCCAUGCUGUUCUUAUACAACUCUAUUGGCCAGAACGGAUUUGCCACAUCUAUAGUCAUGCUGAUUAUCUGUGGCGGCCUCGUCAAUGGGCCUUACGCUCUCAUCACAACGGCAGUGUCAGCUGAUUUGGGCACUCAUGAAAGUCUCCAAGGAAAUGCAAAGGCUCUUUCCACCGUUACCGCCAUUAUUGAUGGAACUGGAUCUGUAGGUGCCGCCCUUGGACCCUUGUUAGCAGGAGUAAUUUCACGUUCCAGCUGGGACAAUGUCUUCUACAUGUUGAUAUCGGCCGAUGUCCUGGCUUGCCUAUUGCUGUCACGUGUGGUGUUCAAAGAAAUGCGAGGAUGGUGCGGCAGCUACACAAGGAAAAGAGGGUCAAACACCUCUUUUUGAGUACGCAUGCUCUGGGUCCAAAAGUCAUGCUUUAAGGAAUUUUGACGUGAUCCAUCUGACCAGAGGAGGAGCCCCUUGGAAGCAACGAGGAAGAGUGUGGCUGAGAGGGUUGGUUUCCCUUCAUCGCUCCCUCUCACAAGUCCACAGGAGGAAUUCACGGAGCCAACAUGGAUCAUGAACCAGAAACAAACUGAACUCUCAUUCCAAGCAUCAACCGAGUUGAUCGUCGGCCGCAUUUCCUAUAUUUUGUUUUUAAAUGAUGGGCAGAGGGGAGCAGGAAGAAUGGUUUAGCAAGUUCAAGAUGAAAGGAACGGUUGUCUUUUGUAUCUGUGCCAAAUCCCAAGGCCUCAGUUUUCAAUCAGUUGCCAGCUGCAUCCUUUUUAUUACUGCUCUUUUUUAUUAUUAUUAUUACAAACGGUGCUGAACCA